AAAAUGUUCCCCGCGACUGAUUGGCCGACCUUGAAAGAAUCGAAACCCCUGGUGGGUGUCGUCCAGAUGACCUCGACCUCCGAUAAGGAGGCCAACUUUGUCCAAAUUGCGUCCCUAGUCGAAAAGGCCUCUAAGAGAGGGGCCCAGAUGGUCUUCCUGCCGGAGAACAGUGACUACAUACCUGAAUCAAGUAAGCAGUCCAUAGAGAUGUCCGAAAGUUUGGACGGUGAUCUGAUGGGGAGGUAUCGGAAGUUGGCCUCUCAGUUUGACGUCUGGCUUUUUGUUGGCGGUUUUCACAGACGGACUGCUGAGACAGAAUUGACGCACAGAACCUUCAACUCUCAUGUGGUUAUCGAUUCGGCGGGAGAAAUUCGAUCCAUUUACAACAAACUACAUCUCUUCGACAUCAACAACCCAACUACAACUACCACUUCUACCACCAUUACUACUGCUACUUCUUCUACUAAUGUUUCUACUAGCCCUGCUGCUACUGAUGCAACCGCAAGCACUUCUAACGCUUCUACUACAACUACAAUCGCUACCAGUAUUAAUGAAACUGUAAAUGCAAGUGCUGUUAAAAGUAAUCUAGGGGCUAGCAGUACUUGUAGUAAUUUGAAAAGUAGUAAAAACGCUAACAUACCGACUUCAUCGACGAUACCGACAUUCGUAGAAUCGAAUCUGGUCAUGGCCGGGCGAGAAAUUUGCCCGCCAGUUGUCACGCCGUACGCCAAUGUUGGACUCGCUAUAUGUUACGACUUGAGAUUUUCCGACCUUUCAACAGCGUUACGACGGAUGGGGGCACACGUACUCACCUACCCCUCUGCCUUCACCGUACCCACUGGCAUGGCCCAUUGGGAGGUCUUGUUAAGAAGUCGCGCUAUAGAGUCGCAGUGUUACGUGCUGGCGCCGGCACAGGCGGGCAGGCACAACAACAAGAGGUCAUCGUACGGGCAUGCCAUGAUCAUAGACCCAUGGGGAACAAUACUGGCCCAAUGCUCCGCCAACCAAUCAGACGUUUGCUUCGCUGAGAUCGACCUUGACCUAGUGAAGAAGGUCAGGGGCCUUCUUCCGUCAUUCGAGCACAGGCGGGAGGAUCUUUAUGGAAAUUUUUCCGCCGCUUCCCCGUGCGAGUACGACGAGCAGGUAGUUUACAAGUUCGGACACGUCAGUAUAUCGUCCAGUUGUGUCUUCUACAGGACGAGGCAUUCGUUCGCAUUCGUCAACAUAUCACCAGUCCUGCCUGGCCAUGUAUUAGUAUCAAGUCUCAGGGUUGCAGCCCGCCUAACCGACCUAACAAAACCGGAAGUUGCCGAUCUUUUCAGUGCUGUGCAGGACGUGUCACGUGUCGUCGAGAAUGUUUACGCGGCGAGUUCGCUUACUAUCGCCAUGCAAGAUGGCGAACAGGCCGGACAAACUGUGAAGCACGCUCACGUGCACAUCCUGCCGCGGAGGACUGGCGAUUUCUCACGCAAUGAUGACGUCUAUGAAAAACUGGAAAGACACGACAAAGAGGAAGCAAGGAAGAAACGAACUGAGGCCGAGAUGUCUGAAGAAGCUGCCAGGUUGAGAAGAGCCAUGGUGGAACUCUCCGCCAAGCAUAACUCAUUAGUUAAUUGAUUAAUUAAUUAUUUGUUCAAGUCAUUUAUAGGUUAAACAAUUUUUAAACUGUUAUUUCAAUUUUUAACCUACUUGCUAUUACGGCAUUCUUGAGUAUUGUAAAUUUAGGUAUCAUCAUCUUGUUAGCGUUUUUAUUGGCUCACUUUUUCUAUUUCAAGGUUUUUUUUAAUUUACGAAUUUAAUGAGUGAAUUUGAUUUUAGAUUUAAUUUAUUUAAAAAUAAAUGAAUUCGUACUUGAA